AAAAGCCCUUUGUACUUUAGAAAAGCCCUUUGUACUUUAGAAAAGUUGAAUGAAGUUUAUAAGAAGUCUUAUAUCAAGACCAGACUAGUUAAUAUCCUAACACUAUAGGCAGAUAGCUCAAAUAAAUGGUGUCUCUUCACUGACUCAACUCUACUUUCAUAUAAAGCAAAAUCCAAUGACCAAAGAUUCCUUAAAUCCUAGAUAAAAACUAUUCCUUAAAUCCUAAAAAAACUUAAGUCAUCUAGUUUAAGUCACAGAGAGGUGGGAUUCAACACAGCUUACUCUGUUUACAUUGUACUUUAUUUAACCUACUUUUAUCUGUUUCUUUUUUCUCCUAGUAAAGAAUGAGAUACAAAAGAAAAACAAUUCUAUUGUUUUUGCUUUUAUUGUCUCUAUGGGCCUUGCAAAGAGAGUAUCAAUUCAGCACAAAGAAACUACAGAGGAUAUAUCAGUGCUGGUCCGUGAAUACUCAACCAGAAUUAAAGCUAUCAGACUGGUUUUUCCCCAGAGCAUCCAUGAAUGCAACUACCAACUGGUUAGCUCCGGUUGUGUGGCACGGUACAUACAAAGAAGAAGUAUUGGAAAAUUAUUAUGCAAAUCGUAAAAUUACUGUGGGGCUGACUGUAUUUGCUGUGGGAAGAUAUAUUGAUUUCUAUUUGUACAGAUUUAUGACAUCUGCUGAUAAGUAUUUUAUGGUUGGCCAGAAAGUCAUAAUUUAUAUCCUGACAGAUAACUUCUCCAAAGUGCACUGGAUAGAGCUGGGUCGCUUCCAUACAAUGAAAGUUUUUAAAAUUAAGCAAGAGAAGAGAUGGCAAGAUAUUAGCAUGAUGCGCAUGAAGACCAUCAGUGAGCAUGUUGUAGAUCACAUCCAAUAUGAAGUUGACUUCCUCUUCUGCAUGGACGUGGAUCAGAUCUUCAUGAAGAAAUAUGGACUGGAGACCCUGGGGGAGUCGGUGGCUCAGUUACAUGCUUAUUGGUAUAAAGCACAUCCUACAGAGGUGCCUUAUGAGAGAAAUCAGUCGUCAGAAGCAUAUAUACCUAUUGGUAAGGGAGACUUUUAUUACCAUGCUGCUGUAUUUGGUGGCACACCUAUGCAGGUUCUCAGCAUUACCAGGGAGUGCAGCAAAGGAAUCAUGAAUGAUAAGAAAAAUAACAUUGAAGCAGUGUGGCACGAUGAAAGUCACUUAAACAAGUAUUUCUUUCUCCAUAAACCCACUAAACUCUUGUCUCCAGAAUAUAACUGGGAUAUUCAUAAUAACCGUAGUCAUGAAAUUAGAGCUGUUAAAAUGCGUUGGGCUUAUAAGUUUUAUAGCAUUCUUAGAGUAACACCUAAGUCAAACCUUCCUUGACAGUUCUGAAU